GACUUGUAGAAUUUAACUGAACUUGGAGAAUGAAGUCCAGCCUAACGCAUUGGGUUCCCCCAGUGAGUAGAGGAAGAAUCAUCUCCCAGUUUCCCAAGUGGUACACACCUGAGGCCUGUCUGCAGCUGAAGGAGCACUUCCAUGCACAGGUCAGGAGUGCUUGUCAGCAGAGCCCUGGAACAGCUGGGCUGAAAAUAUCCAAAGUGGUUGUGGUAGGAGACCUGCAUGUUGGCAAAACCAGUCUUAUCAACAGAUUUUGUAAAGAUAAUUUUGACCGAGACUACAAGGCAACCAUUGGAGUAGAUUUUGAGAUGGAACGUUUUGAGAUAAUUGGAAUGCCAUAUAACCUCCAGAUAUGGGACACAGCAGGUCAGGAGAAGUUCAAGUGCAUUGCAUCUGCUUACUACCGAGGAGCAGAGGCUAUAAUAACAGUGUUUGAUCUGGCUGAUAUCCAAACUUUGGAUCACACCAAACAGUGGUUAGAAGAUGCAUUGAGGGAAAAUGAGCCAAAUUCCAGCUUCAUCUUUCUGGUUGGAACAAAAAAAGAUUUGGUGUCAGGUGCUGUGUGUGACAGGACAGAGCUGGAUGCCAUCCGUUUUGCCAAGGCCAUGCAGGCAGAGUACUGGUCGGUGUCAGCCAAAACAGGAGAAAAUGUCCAAGAAUUCUUUUCCCGAGUUGCUGCCUUGGCCUUUGAACAGUCCAUGAUAAAGGAGCUGGAGAGCACUCCUGGGCACAGGGCCCAGAUUGGGGCAGGAAAUCUCAUCAAGCUAGAGAAGAACACAAUGGAAGUUCCAGAAGACAAAGCUCAAGUCAGCCUGAGUUGCUGCUAACUGUCACCUGUUUCUGCAAGUGC